AUGUCAGAGUUUCGGCCUCGUCGCACCCACAAAAAGUCCCGUGGCGAGUGCCGGCAAUGCAAGAGUCGACACGUCAAGUGCGACGAGCUCGACCCCGGCUCCAGAGCGAACACCGUGGCCAGCUCUCCAGCUCUGCUCCACGCACGAGACCGCCACAUGUUCAGCCUGGAGCAUAUGUCGCUUCUCUUCAACAUUACAAGUAACCCAGCGGGAUUCAUCAAGUGCGAUGAGCCCUCUGGGGCCGUCAUAUCCGACAUCAUAGAAUGUGCACUGAAGAACCAAUACGUUAUGGAUCAACUCUUGGCACUAUCAGCACUCCAGAGCAGCCUCCAGCACCCAGAAAACUCUGCCAAUCUUCGCUUACUCAGCAUCCAACUCCAAGGAAGGGCAUUAUCACUGCACAACGCAUCGGCAGCUGGGCUCUCCGCAAGCGGAAUGCUGCCACGAUUCAUGUUUUCAAUGCUGCUAGCAUAUUCUCUACUUCAUGACAGUCUCUCGAGCUCACAGUUGGGAAUGUCCACGUUCAUUGAGAAACUAGGAGAUUUCCUUCAGCUGAUCCAGCUCGGCAAGGUCAUGGCAACAGAUUAUUGGAGCAUUCUCCAAGCGUCCGAGAUACGGCAUAUCUAUGUCGCCUCAGGGCUUGAUCCUAAACACUCUCAAUCCGUCUCCCCAGAGGCUGAAGAUGAUCUCAAAGCCGUCGAGUCAAUGUUGACUCAAGCAAGUGCUGAGCAGGCGUCGCUCAGUUCGUGUCGAAACGCCGUGACAGCUCUCAAGAUAGCCCACAGUUUGUACCAGAAGCAUCGACAACACAAAGGCUUGCGUACUCAGGCCCAUGCGGCCUUUCUUGUAUACACGCCGUUGGGUUUCGUAGACGCGUUGAGAGAAAAGCAGCCUGAAGCUCUUGUCAUUCUGGCUCAUUAUGGAAUUCUUCUGUCUAAAUGUUGUGACUUUUGGGUGGUGGGGGAUGCUGGGAGGCGGCUCAUACGGCUCGUUGAGUCCACCCUGGGCCCUGAGUGGGACCGGUACAUGGAGCUACCAAAGCAAAUCGCGUUGGAGCAGCCGAAUUCGUCUUGA